AUGGAGAAGUACACAGAAUCACCACCUGCCUUGCAGGUAGAGCAUUCCUCCCUUCAGGCAGAGAAUCUGAUUCUGCGGCCACAAAUGCAGUAUCUGACUGAGGAGAACCCUGCUAUAAGGGGCCAAGUCAUGCCUUCCCUGGCUACUUCGAUGAUGCCUGUAUCCUGCUCACUUGAGCAUCUCUCCCAGUUUCGUGAUGACCCUGCCAGUCUCUCAGGGUUUCUUGCUCAGGUGACUACCUACUUGACAGCUCUCAAGAUCCCCAAUCCUGCAGAUGAUGCCCAAGUCAAGUUCUUUUUUGAUUACCUAUAUCAGCAGAUGAAAAGUUGUGGGAUCAUAUCUGGGCCUGACAAGAGAACUCUGCUGAAGCAAUAUGAGAACUUUGUUCUUGAGUUCCAGCAGUCAUUUGGUGAGCUCACAAAACAGAAAAUGAACAAUCUAGACAAAGGGGACAACUCUCAGCAGGAUGCUACUACUUUCCAGAUCCUUGCUCAAAAUCUGAGCUAUAAUGAAACCAAUCAGACUGAUCACUUUCAAGAAGGACUAGCUGACCCCAUCCAGGAUGAAGUAAGUGGCACAGAUAUGGUGGACAACCUCCCAGACCUGGUCACUCAGUGUAUUCAGUUGGACAGGAAACGUAGUGACAGGCCAGAGCUCCUACAGUCAGAGCCCCAGCUCCCAAUGUUGGCUUCCUUGAUCAACCACCAAGCCCUCUCCAGCCCCAUAGGUUUAUCACCCAAGGAAGAGCCUAUACAGCUGCGGGGGAGCCAGCUGCCUCUCACCCCAGUCAAACGAGCACGCCAGCAAGAAACUCAGUUGUGCCUCUACUGCAGCCAGUCUGGUCACUUCACAAGAGAUUGCCUUGCCAAACGUUCUCGAGCCCCAGCAAGGAUAAAUGACCCAGCUCACCAGUAA